CUCUCUCUCUCUCUCUCUCUCUCUCGAUUUUGGCCAAUAAUUGAUCACCCAAGCGACCCAUGUAUACACCUACAUUCAGUGCCAGCUAGUCUCCCCAAAGAGUUACUUGCCUUCUAUAAAGUUGGCCAUUCUAGGCUGUCUAUAGCACAAAUUAAGAGAGUCUAAAUUUUACAAAAGAACAGAGACACCAAAAAAGGCAAAACCAUGGCUUUACAUGGACUGCUUUUGCACCAACAAUUGCUACUUUUGUUGAUAAUUUCAGCAGUAAGAGCUGGACCUCAAUCCAAUUCGAACUGUGAAAGGAAGUGUGGAAAUGUUGAAAUCCGCUACCCGUUUGGAACAAGCUGGGGUUGCUACCUUGAUGAAUCUUUUCACAUCAAUUGUGACAACAUAUCUGGGAUUCCAAAACCAGUUCUGGGCAAUUCUAACAUAGAAGUCCUCAACAUAUCACUUGAAGAUGGUGAGCUGCUAGUCUCAACCCCUUUAACCCGUCGUUGUUUCAACAAUGUUUCUUCACUAUCACAGACGCAGAGCAUAUAUUCAAAGUUUCCCAUCUCAGAUAGGAAGAACAAAUUCAUUGCUGUUGGUUGUGACAUUAUUGCGUAUGUUAGAGAUUCAUCGGGUAUCUAUGCGAGUCCAUGCAUAUCAAGCUGUGACAGUAAUAGCAGUGUGGUUGAAGGGCACUGCUUUGGCAAGGGCUGUUGUCAGACUACUAUACCACCAGGAGUAGUAAAUUUCGUUGUGGACAUCGAUGUCUCUUAUGACAUGGAAUCCUACUACAAUUCUUGUGUUUUCGCUUUUGUAGUGAAAAAAGAGGAAUUUCACUCUCCCUCUUCAGAUCUUCAAAAUUUACAAAAUAAAUCAACCGUUCCUGUGGUGCUUGAUUUGACAAUUGCAAAUAAGACAUGCGGAGAAGCAUGUAAGGCAAAUAAUAGUGAAUGUUACAAAUUACCCAACCGUCCUGGGUAUCUUUGCAAGUGCUCCUCAGGUUUUGAAGGGAACGCAUACAUCGAUAAUGGUUGCACAGAUAUUAAUGAAUGCGAAGGAUCAAACCCAUGCCACCAGUACCAAAUAUGCAAUAACACUAAUGGGGGUUACAAUUGCACUUGUUGGAAGGGGUACGAACCAAUCCACGAAGAGAAUGGAAAGGGCGACCGAACAGUACUAACAGGCUGUCAACGCAUCCAAGGCAACCAACUUAUGAAGACAUCUAUCAUUGCACUGUGUAUCAGCGUAAGCCUCUUAAUAUUGCUUUUGGGAGGCUCUUGGAUAUAUUGGGGUCUAAAAAGAAGAAAGCACCUCAAGAUCAAAGAAAAAUUCUUCCAGCAGAAUGGUGGUUUAUUGUUAAAACAACGAGUCUCUAAUCACGAAAGUUCCAUGACAACCAAAAUCUUUACUGCAGAAGAGUUAAAAAAGGCCACCAACAACUAUGACGAGAGUAGAGUCCUUGGCCAUGGAGGCUAUGGAACAGUGUAUAAAGGAGUAUUAUCUGAUAACAAAGUUGUUGCCAUUAAGAAGUCUAAAAUUGGUGAUCAGAGUCAAAUUGAGCAAUUCAUAAAUGAAGUGAUUGUGCUUACCCAAAUUAACCAUAGGAAUGUGGUUAAGUUGUUUGGUUGUUGUCUAGAAACAGAAGUGCCUUUACUUGUUUAUGAAUUCAUCACAAACGGAACUCUUUGUGACCACAUACAUGAUAAAGGCCGAUCAUCCUUACUUUCAUGGGAAAAACGUUUGAAAAUUACUACAGAAACAGCUGAAGCACUUGCAUACUUGCAUUCUGCAACUUCUAUGCCAAUUAUACAUAGAGAUAUUAAAACUGCGAAUAUAUUGUUAGAUGAUAACUAUACAGCAAAAGUAGCUGACUUUGGAGCUUCAAGACUAGUUCCACUUGAUCAAACACAAUUGACCACUUUGGUGCAAGGAACUUUGGGGUAUUUGGAUCCAGAAUACUUACAAACUAGCAAUCUAACAGAAAAAAGUGAUGUCUAUAGCUUUGGUGUUGUUAUGGCAGAGCUACUGACAGGUAAGAAGGCACUUUCUUUUGAUAGGCCUGAAAUUGAUAGAAAUUUAGCAACAUCCUUUGUUUCUGCCAUAAAAGAGGACCGCUUACUUCAAAUUGUUGAAGUUCACAUUGUUAAUGAUGGUAAUAUUGAGCAACUAACGGAAGUUGCUAAUCUUGCAAAAAGGUGCCUAAGGUUGAGAGGGGAUGAUAGGCCUUCUAUGAAAGAGGUGGCAGCAGAGCUGGAAAGAUUGAAAAAAAUGGAAAAAAAGCCAUCGGAAAACACUGAUGUCUAUGCGAACAAGACUGAAUACUUGCUCAGUGCAACUAGUAAGUCUUUCGAUAUUGAUGUUGGCACCGGUGGUUCUACCAGUACAACUGCUGAAUAUGAUAGCAUGAAUGACCAGUUACUGAAACUCGUGGAUAAUGGGAGAUAAUUACUUGCUCCUUCGUAAUAUAUUGGUAUCGAUUGACAAUCGAAUUUGACAUGGUGUUAUGAUGGGCAAAAUAAUUUCCAAGUAAGCAAUCAACUAACAAUCUUGGAAGUCAAAAAUUGUUUCGAAAGUUUGACGCCAAUUGGGUCUGUCUUGAAAUAAUAUUUGUAUUUAUUAAAUACUAUCGUGUGAGUAUUGUCAAUUGUAUUUGUCUUGUGAAUUAUAUUUCGAAUAUUGGAAGAUGUAGUAAUUAAGAGUGUGAUUGUAUUUAAGUUUAUAUAUAUGAUGAAGACGUAGGAGUCCGAUCAA